GGAGGAGGAAGAGGAGGAGGGAGAGGUCCACCAAGAGCUUGACACUCCUUACACUUUGAGUCCACACACUGAGGGCUGUGAGGCGGAGCUGUCACUCAGGGAAGAGAAGCUCAACAGCCCAAUGACUGAGGAAGAGGAGGAGGACGAAGAUGAGAGAGAGGAAGAGGAGGAUGAGAGGCAGGGGAAGGAAGUAGGCGAGGUGUUGGAGGAGGAAGAGGAGGAAGAGGAAGACCGAGACUCCAGCAAAGCCUCGCCGACUACAGUGGUUAUAGAAGUCCGCUCUGAGGAAGAUGAAGAGGAGGAGGAGGAAGAAGAGGAGGAGGAAGAGGAGGAGGAGGAGGAGGAGGAGGAGGAGGAGGAGGAGGAAGGAGAGGAGCAGGACCAUGUCUCAGAGGGCUCAGGAAUCACCGACGACUCAGAGAACUGGGAUAUGACGCGGGGGAACCUGGGGCUGCUGGAGCAGGCCAUCGCCCUGAAGGCCGAGCAGGUGAGGGGGGGCCAGGAGGCGCGCAGCUCCCCGGACUACCAGCCGGACUACCAGCCGGACUACCAGCACGACUAUCAGCCCGAUUACCAGCCGUACAGCAGUGGCUCCAGCAAGAGCUGCGAGGCUGCUGCUAUGACCCGCCGCACGCCGCACUACAGCAAAGAGAAGAAGGAGGUGAAGUGUCCAACCCCGGGGUGUGAUGGGACAGGCCAUGUUACCGGGCUGUACCCUCACCACCGCAGUCUCUCUGGAUGUCCUCACAAAGACAGAAUCCCUCCAGAGAUCCUGGCCAUGCAUGAGAACGUCCUGAAGUGUCCUACUCCUGGCUGCACAGGCCAGGGCCAUGUCAACAGUAACCGCAACACACACCGCAGUCUGUCCGGCUGCCCCAUCGCAGCAGCCACUAAGCUGAACAAGGGCCAGGACAAGCAGGUUCAUUUACAGGCCUCAGCCAGCGAACCCUCUUCCAACUCGGACAGAGUGCUCAGGCCCAUGUGUUUUGUGAAACAGCUGGAGAUCCCUCAGUACGGCAGCUACGGACCCAACGCAGUGACCACCACGCCUCGAGCUAACCUGGCCAAGGAGCUGGAGAAAUACUCCAAGGUGUCUUUUGACUAUGCAAGCUUUGAUGUCCAGGUGUUUGGAAAGCGUAUGCUCAUUCCAAAGACGCCCGGCAGCACUGAAACAUCACCCAAAGCCUUCAAAUCUAAAUCAUUCCCUAAGGCCUCCUCCCCCAGCCACAGUGUGUCAGGAGGCUUUUCUAAGAGCGCCUCAUCCUCCAGUAGUUAUGACUAUAGCCAAGACGCAGAGGCAGCCCACAUGGCAGCAACAGCCAUCCUCAACCUGUCCACGCGCUGCUGGGAGAGACCAGACACCAUCAGCACCAAACCCAGGGAGCCCUGCACCAAGGAGUCGGACAUUGAAGUGGAUGAGAACGGCACCUUGGACCUCAGCAUGAAGAAGACCAAGAGGGAGGGUGUGCAGCCUCCUGAGCCUUCAUCCUCCUCAUCUUCAUCCUCUCAACACAUGGGAGCCCCCUUGUCUCAGGGCCACACUCCGCCAGAGUGGGAGGGGCCACUGGACUUCACCAAACCAAGUGAAGUCAAAGAGGAAGACCACGCAGAGGUGGAAUAUACGGCUCCCUCAUACACCUCAUCUGAUGGUGAGGAAGAGGACCAGGAGAACCUGGAGGACAGGAAGUACCCCGGUGAAGUCACCACCGGCAGCUUCAAGCUCAAGUUUCAGCCCAAAGACAGCAAAAAAGAUAUUCUUGCAUGUCCCACCCCAGGUUGUGACGGCAGUGGACACAUCACCGGCAACUAUGCAUCCCAUCGAAGUCUGUCAGGCUGUCCUCUUGCUGAUAAAUCACUUCGGACCCUCAUGGCUGCCCACACAGCUGAACUAAAGUGUCCCACUCCAGGUUGUGACGGAUCAGGCCACAUCACAGGAAACUACGCCUCACAUAGAAGUCUGUCCGGAUGCCCUCGAGCCAAGAAGAGCGGGGUCAAAUCCACCCCCACCAAGGACGACAAGGAAGACUCUGAGCUGCUGAGGUGUCCAGUUCCUGGCUGUGACAGCCUGGGCCACAUCAGUGGGAAGUACGCCACGCACCGCAGUGCCUACGGCUGUCCGCUGGCCGCCCGGCGGCAGAAGGAAGGUCUCCUUAACGGCACUCCCUUCUCCUGGAAGGCCUUCAAGAACGAGGGCCCCACGUGCCCGACGCCGGGCUGCGAUGGCUCGGGCCACGCCAACGGCAGCUUCCUGACACACCGCAGCCUGUCAGGUUGCCCCAGAGCGUCGGCCAACAAGAAGAGAGCCAAAUUCCCCGGAGACGAGUAUAUAACUGCCAAGUUCCGAGCCAGUGAUGUUCUGGACAACGACGAGGACAUCAAGCAGCUCAACCAGGAGAUCAACGAGCUGAGCGAGUCCAACUCCGAGAUGGAGGCCGACGUGAUGAACCUGCACACUCAGAUCUCUUCAAUGGAGAAGAACCUGCAGAGCAUGGAGGAGGAGAACCAGCAUAUCGAGGAGAGGAAUGAGGCGUUGUUCCUGGAGCUGUCGGGCCUGAGUCAGGCCCUGAUCCGCAGCCUGGCCAACAUCCGCCUGCCCGCCAUGCAGGAGCCGCUGUCAGAGCAGAACUUGGACAGCUACGUGGAAACCCUGACCCACAUGUUCACCAAUAAAGACUGCACCCAGAACCCGGAGAACCGGGCUCUGCUGGAGUCCAUCAACCAGGCGGUGAAGGGCAUCGAGGUGUGACGGACACAAGGGAGGAACACAGGGGCCUCACCGUGGACUACAUCAAUCUUUUCUUUCCGAAAACCCUUUAGAUACUGUAUGUAAUUAAUUCUUCUCAUUUGGAACUCUUGUCAUCCGUUCUAUGCAUUAGUUUGCUGUUUGCAUGUAUCUUUACGAUUGGUAACGAGCGUGAACAGGGUAGGGCGUGGACGCAAAGUGCGCUAGCACACUGGAAUCAAACGGUUACUGUAAGCAAGGUAUCCGCAGAACAAAGUCAGGAUGCAGUAUAGAGCCUGAGUUAGUUAGUGAACACACCCCGUCUCCACUCAAUGUUGAUAGUAUUCUAUAUGAGCAUAGUGAUGUUGCACCUCCAGGACUAGUUUAUAGAUUCAUUCUUACUAUUGCUGUGUUACUAUUUAAGUCCUUUGCAAAUGUUGGUUUAAUAACGUAUUCAUUCAUGUCUGCUGUAUUAUUUGUUUAUGUUGACCUAUUUAUGAUUCAUUAUCUAUUUAUUAUUUAAGUUAUUUCAAAAAUGCUACCUGAGAAGAUUUUAAAUGGUAACAAAGAGAAGGAAAUAAUUUCCUCUGCAUUGUUGAACAAAGAGGAAAUAUUUUAAGAUAUCAACUAUGAAUUG